CGUAUCUCAUUGUCGAGGCCGUACGCUUCCAUGGUUCACCUACAGAUUUGGCUACAGCCGGAAGAGAAGCAAUUGGCGACGAAUUCUGAUGCACAUCCAAGCCAGAUCCAUUGGAGGCUUCUGCAAAUCGCAUUCCUCUAUAAAUCUUCACUUUUCACCAAGAAAAGUUCCUGAUAUAUAGAAGAGCAGAAAAGGUGCAAUGACUUCUGAGAGGGAAGAUUUCAACCUUUCAGGACCCUUGCAUCUGAAUAAUGUCGACUGGAAAAACGAAGAUCAUCGAAGGUCUGUUGCCGCCUGUUUGGUUCAGGGUGUUUAUAUAUUAGAGCGGGACCGCCAAGACAACAGGCGAGGUCCCCAGGCUCUGGCUCCUCUAUGGUGGGAAUUCUUCCAUUUCCGCUUACACCGUGAGCUUGUAGAUGAUGUUGAUCAAUGCAUUUUUGGUUCUAUCUAUGAAUUCAAGCCUCCAUUUGACGGCAACCACCUAGAUGGGAGUCCACGCUAUGCAAUUGCCUUCCGGGGCACCCUAACCAAAGGAGACGCUUUCUUACGGGAUCUAGAAAUGGACGUCCACAUCAUAAGAAACGGCCUUCACCAGACAUCACGCUUCGAGACUGCCAUACAAGCUGUGCGAUCAACGGUCGCUACACAUGGAAGCUCGAAUAUCUGGCUAGCUGGCCAUUCCCUUGGGGCAGCCAUGGCAAUACUUGCUGGCAAGACGAUGGCCAAGACGGGCAUCUUCCUCGAAGCGUUUCUCUUCAACCCACCAUUCCUUAAUAUGCCAAUCGAGAGGAUCAAGGACAAGAAGGUGAAGCAAGGAAUCCGAAUCGCUAGCAGCUUCAUCGCUGCAGGACUGACCGUCGCUCUAAAGGCUCGCCAGAAGAGGAACAUUGUUAACACCUCAGAAGACCAUUUGGCAGCUUUGUCUGCGUGGUUUCCAAGCCUAUUCGUGCACCCGGGCGAUCACAUCUGCUCCGGGUAUAUCGGCUACUUUGAACACCGGAAGCAGAUGGAGGCCAUGGGAGCUGGAGUGGUUGAGCGGCUGGCUAGUCAGAAUCCAAUCGGCGGCCUCCUCAUGAAUGCAAUGGGGAAGGACUCAGGGGAGCCGCUGCAUCUCCUUCCUUCAGCCAAUCUGAUUGUGAAUUCCAUUCCUGCACAGGACUUCAAACAAGCUCAUGGAAUUCACCAGUGGUGGCAACCUGACUUGAGCUUGCAGUCCAUAGCUUACAACUACAAGUAGUAUUUGGAUAAUUUGUUGUCAUUUUCUGUUUCUUUGUCUCACUGUUGUCGCGUUGGAGGAUGGUUUUUAGGUUUUCCAUGUUAAGUGUCAAUUGUGAUGCGUUGUCUCUUCAUAAGAACAGAAGAAAGAUUGUCCUUUUGUCCAUACGUAGAGGCUGUUUGGCUUCCCUUUUUUUAAGGGCUAUAAGCUUUUUUAUUUAUAA